GCCCGGGAAUCUCAGGCAUCCCCCGCUGGGUGCACUGGGGCCUCUGGCAGCUGCACUGGGUUGAGUCACCCCAUGGCUAGGACAGCCCCGAGCAUGAAGUCACCCUUCAAAGGUGCCGUGGGCAGCUCGGGGCACGGGUGGCUGCGGGUUGACUCCUCUUGGGAGCAAGCCGGCAUCUCCGGCGUUUCCAGCUCCUGUGUAACCCACCCCGUGUCUCUUCCCCAGGGCCACCACACUCUCCGUGGAGACCAGCAGCUCCUCGCCACAGCUCGGCAUGUACCAGUCCCUUGAGCCCUCUGUCCAGCAGACCCCAGGCUAUGACAAGUGCAGCUUGGUGGGCAGCAAUGCCGGGAAAGCUGCCAGCUGCAGUGCAGGCAGCGGUGCAGGCAGCGGAGGCCUCGGGAAGGGGCUGGAGAACUGCAGUGCCAUAGGUGGGAACCCCUACGCCGGGCUGGUGAGGCACCUGCGAGCAACCUGGCUCUCGGGGAAGACGCGGCCCAUGGAAUAUCGUGUGGCACAGCUGGAGGCCCUGGGCCGCUUCUUGGAUGAGAAGAAGCAGGACAUCCUGGAGGCCACCGCCUCCGACAUGGGCAAGCCGUCCUUUGAGGCUUACUUCACUGAGAUCCUCCUCUGCAAGAACGAGCUCAAUAACACCCUGAAUAACCUGUGCCACUGGAUGAAGGACGAGCAUGUGGACAAGAAUCUGGUGACGCAGCUGGACUCAGCCUUCAUCCGCAAGGACCCGUACGGGGUGGUGCUCAUCAUCGCGCCCUGGAACUACCCCAUCCACCUCUUCCUCGUGCCCCUCAUCGGGGCCAUCGCUGCUGGUAACUGUGUCAUUGUCAAACCCUCUGAGACGUCCAAGAACACAGAAAGAGUUGUUGCUGAAAUGCUGAGCUGCUACCUGGACAACGACUGCUUUGCUGUGGUGACGGCCGGCGUGCAGGAGACCACCAUGCUGCUGGAGAACAAGUUUGACUACAUCUUCUUCACUGGCAGCACCUCGGUGGGCAGGAUCAUCAUGACAGCUGCUGCCAAGCACCUGACGCCGGUGACACUGGAGCUGGGGGGCAAGAACCCCUGUUAUGUGUCUGACACCUGCGAUGUGCAGAACGUGGCCCGACGGGUGGCCUGGGGCCGCUUCUUCAACGCGGGACAGACCUGCAUCGCGCCCGACUACGUGCUGUGCAGUGUGGAGAUGCAGGAGAAGCUGAUGCCUGCCUUGCGUGAGGCCAUCACUGAGUUUUUUGGCUCCAACCCUCGGGAAUCCCCUGAUUUCGGCCGCAUCAUGGGGGACAAGCAGUUCCGCCGUAUCCGGGCUCUGCUGUGCAGCGGGCGCGUGGCUAUCGGAGGACAGACGGACGAGAAGGAGCGUUACAUUGCUCCCACGGUGCUGGCGGAUGUGCUGCCCUCUGACCCUGCCAUGCAAGAGGAGAUCUUUGGCCCCAUCCUCCCCAUCGUCGUUGUGGCCAACAUGGAUGAAGCCAUUGACUUUAUCAACGCACGCUCGCAGCCGUUGGUCAUCUAUGCCUUCUCCUGCGACAGCAAGGUGGUGAACCAGGUGCUGGAGCGCACAAGCAGCGGUGGCUUCUGUGGCAACGACACCUUGAUGCACGUGACCUUGACCUCACUGCCCUUUGGUGGGAUCGGAAACAGCGGUUUGGGGAAAUACCACGGUAAAUUCACCUUUGACACCUUCACCCACCACCGCGGCUGCCUGCACCGCAACAUGGGCCUGGAAGCCCUCAACGCCCUGCGCUACCCACCCUACAGCCAGCAGAAGCUGGGGCUGCUGACCGCCACCUUCGAGAUCAAGCGUAAGGGCACGUGUACGCUGCUCUGAGCAUCCCCUGCCGCUCACAGACUCGUGGCGGGGGGAGGAUGGACAUUCCUGGCUGGGUCUCCUGCCACUGGGGUGCAAAACCCCCCCUCUGCAGCACCGUAGUCCAUGUCUUUUUGCCUCGCUGCCACCCUGCUGCACAUGGGAUGGCACGGACGGACAUCUUGCUCCUCCUGAGCUGCCUCAGCUCCGGACUGUUUGCCACAUCUGAAAUGGCAAAAAGUUCUGGGUUUUUUUUGCCCUGUACUUCGAGAAACGGUUCCUGCCAGGCUGAGGACCGGCUGUUAGCCCCACCACCUCUUAGAUGGACCUUUCCUUUGCUUUUCCUCGGUGCCGGUUGUUGCUUUUCCCUCCGCCUGUAGUAAAGACAUUGC